AUGAACGGGAUGGCCAACAUAGCGGCGCGGGAGGGGGCGGUGAUGCACGGCGUGGCGCACCUCGUCACACCCCAGAUGUUUGAGGUGCUGGCCAAGAUAGAGUCAGUCUACAACUACACUCUCGUUACCUGCCGCCCCUACGACGACUCAGCCCCCCCAGUCCAGGCGCGCGCCUUCAUCGUGCCGCUUGAGACGAUCGCGGCGCACAAGCGCCACCUGGAAGAGCGUGGGCAGUCAACCCUGGAGCUGCCCUCAGAACGGUACAUCCGCAUCAUUACAGAGGGCCUCCGCCACUUUGGCGCCGCCCCCUCCUGGAUCGCGCGCAUCGAGGCGCAGCCUUUUAACCCCGCCCGCCCGCGCGCGCAGUGGUUGACGGCGCCCGAGGCGCCGCGAUCCAACGGGGAGGCGCUGCCCCUCUUCACCCUGGCCCAGCUGGCGGAACACAAGGGCCGCCUGCCUGCCUACUAUGCAUGUGGCCGCAAGGUCCUGCGGGCAUUGGCGCCAGGCGGCCACCCCUUCUCCUCCAUCUAUAAGAUGCUCAGCGGCACACAGUCUGUCCUCUUCAUGUGUUCCGUCCUCUACGACCCCAGCCUGCCUCCUGUGGAGGGCCCUGACGACGUCCAGGAGGUCCACGUGGCCUGGGCCGAGGACCUGGCCAUGGAGACAGCCCUCAAGUAUGACUUCAAGCUGGAGGUUGUCGGCUACCUGGCAGACGGGGAGGUGGCACACGGGGAGGGGGGCGUACGCAAGUAG